GCGCCUUUAAGUCCGCCACCUUUGGCAACACUGAUCGCUGCACAAGAAGAAGAAGAAGAGGAAGAGAAAGAAGGUCAUCCUGCAGCUCGACAGUGUCAUAUUUGUAAAGUGGUGGUGCUUGUGCCGAGGACAGCCACGCAGGAAGACCAGAAGAAUGCACCAUCCAGGGGAGCAGACGAAGAUUCACCUCAACCCAGACUUCAUAUCAAGAGGGAGGGCCCCAUUGAACUCAAAGGUCCAUGUUAACCCAGCCUUCCUUCAGAAAUCUCAGGAAAACUUUGCAGUACAGAGCCAUGUCUCUCCUGCUGCUGUGGCCUCCACCACCAACACAAGGCAUGGGAAGCACUGGCAGGGACUGGCCUCAGGCACCAACAGUGUCACCACCACCCACAUGACUGCAACUCUGCCCCACAUGUAUCAUGGGGACACAAGUAGAUAUGUUUAUACCCACAGUUCAAAGAGUAUGAAUGGCCCAGUAUCAAGUGGCAGUAACACAAAGACUAGUAAUCUGUAUACAGCACCAAAUACUAGUAAUACAAAGACUUGUGAUUUAUAUACAAAGAAAAGCAGUACAGUACCAAGUAGUAGCAACACAAAGAGUCAUAGUUUAUAUUCAAAGAAUAAUAUAUAUGAUCGUUACCAUUGUGAGAGAUUUUCUUCAUAUACUAAGGGAUUGCCACAAACACAAAACAUUGUUGCCAAAAAUGUGGCUGUUGAAAAGCAUUCUUCCUCUUACUCAUGGAAUGCCUCUAAUGCCAAGACUUGGACUUCCUCCAAUAAAGGAGAGUCAUUCACUUCUGCAGACAUGCAUGUUAGUGCAAGUUUAGCAAAACAUUCUGAAUUUGUAACACAACAGUACACUUACCCAAUCCCAGCAAUGAGGUACUCCUCUGUUAACAAGUCCUUCAUUAAUACCACAGUCAUUAGGAAUAUUGGAGCCAGUCAGAAAGUGACUCAGUCUAAUGAAAACAAGGCUGCUGUUUCCCAUUCUAGUCUCCAUUCCACAUCUUAUAAAAAAAAGAAUAUAUCUAACUCGGGCAUAAGUUCGGUUAAGAUUAGUGGAAACGUGAAUCCAGUGAAAGCAAUGCCCCCAAACCCAUUAGCUGAAGGAAGUUGUGAUAAAGUUACCAAGACUAUGACUCAGGCCAUGCAGGUAGCAGGACAAACAAGUUCUGACACAGUUGCAAAGAGCAAGUGUCCAAGUUUGCAUAUCAGUAAAAAUAAAAAUGAAAAAGCAGCAUUUGACCCACUACCACAAAAUACAGGAGGCACAGUAACAGAAAAUGAGCUCCACAAAGUGCCAAAAAGUGUAGUAAGCAAAAAUAUUGCAAACAAAUCUGAUGGCUCAGUGGCCCAAGGCAUGUUCACUAAAGCAGCCCAACUAACCCCAAACCAGAAAUGGGUGAGCAAAAAUAAGUUGGUGAAUUCUUCAUACAAGAAGCCGGCUCAUACUAAAGCAACAGAUCUCAAUAGCAGUAGCUAUCAAGUUGCCCUGAGAACUCCUAGGCAGAAAGGAAACUACAAGAUCAUAACUAAAACCAAGCUUGUGAAAACUAACUCUAGCAGCACAACUAAAAGCAAGGCGCAGCAGCAGACAGGCAUGGAAGGACAGUCUAUGGCUCAUGGCUCAAAGACAAUACAUUGCACCUCACCUAGAGUGACCAGCAUAAUGAGGGCUUCAAAAUUAUCUCCAGCAUUCAGAACACAUCAUAUGAAUACAAGACUCAAUAACAAGAGGAGAUACUCAGUUCUGUCCCACACAAAGCUUAUAAAGAGUCAGAACCUUUCUGGAAAAGGUUCUACCCCAGGGAAACCAAAGUACUCAGUCAACACCAAAAACAAGCUUGUCAGAAGGCGUUCCAACAGCGGCAGCUCGAAGACCCUAAGCAAAGCAAAGGCCAGUAAGUCAGAAACUGAUAAACAGAAAAAGUUCCAUGUUCUUUCCAAGACCAAGAUUGUUAGGAGAAGGUCAAGCUCAGGUGUUUAUAAAGUCUUGUCCUCGCCAGUGGUCACAACACCCGCCCUUCACAGGAAGCGAGCCAUUGUCAAGAAGCACAAGCUUGUCCGAAACGUUUCCUUGGCUGUAGCAAAACAGGACACAUACAAGUGUAACAGAAAGUCAUUCCCAAAAAGGGUCAACACUACCUUCAAGGUAAUAAACAAUUCCACUAAGGUCUCUCCCAAACAAAGGCUUGCCAAGGGAAUUGUCUCCAAGUACAAGAUUAACCGUCUGAAAGUUGACUCCUGGAACAACUUCAGGAAACAUCCAAAAUACUUUGAAUAUUCCAAAUCAAAACAAAAAAACAAGUACAAGUUACAAAACAAGGAAGGGAGUGCAUCCAAGCGGUCGGACAGAUUCAUCAAUAUUGGCGGGAUUCUGUACAAGUCCACCAAAACAUCUCUGAGGAAGCAGCUGCCCAAGGCUAACUAUAAAGCCAGUGGGAAGAAACCUGACAUCACCUGCACCGUCUCCCUUCGAGGUGAGAAGUUCCACCUCACUGCUGGAGGAAAAACACUUCAGCGCGUCAUGCACUCCCCAGCGGCCAAGAGCAGCCUGGCCAGAGUGCACCUUGGCGGUCUCACAUACACCCGUACCCACACCGGCCAUUAUGAGCUGACCAAGACCCACCAGGCACGCGCACGCAUAAGCUCGGCCCGCCAGCGUAGUGUGGUGACCCUCAUGCAGAAGAAGAGGAAAGCUUUGUAUCAGAAAAGAAAUGAAUACUGUGUCUUCUUCAAUCGCUUUGGCCGCUGCACUAAAAAGGACAGGGGGCAGUGUCCUUAUGUUCAUGACGCCAGCAGAGUAGCCAUUUGUACAAGGUUCCUGAGAGGCCGCUGCCCCGUCAACAACUGUCCCUUCUCCCACACAAUUGACCCGAGCAAGAUGCCGGUGUGUUCUCACUUCCUGCAAGCCGCCUGCUCUCGAGAGGACUGCCCUUACCGCCACGUCAAAGUCAAUCCUUCAGCCCCUGUGUGCCUUGGCUUUGUAAGAGGACACUGUAAGGCUGGAGAAGAAGUGAGUACAACUCUUGUCUGUCUCAUCCUCCAGUACUGUUGCAAAAGGUUCUUCAGAGGAUGGGUCACUCAGUCCAGAUUAAUGUUAUGAUG